AAGGUCAAUGUGAACUUAGUGAUUGAAAAAACAUACGUAAUCCACACAUUUAACUUUUAGUAAUAUACAUCAUAAAAAUUAGAAUGUGUCUAAGAUAAGAAAGAUACCUGCUAGAUAAAAUGUACUCACAACGUUUUAAUAUGUCAUUCAAAAGUACAUUUAUGCAUACGUGAAAUAAGAAUUGUUUGUUUAUAAACAUUCUCCUUUACUCUGACUGGAAUGCAAUAACAAUCGAUGAUAUCAUAUAACAAUGGUUUUAGAAACGUUCCAUGAAUUCUGUAAACAUCUAUAUCAUUGUGCUGAGAAAUUAGAAAAUGAACUUAAAGGGAACAUCGACGAUUCUAAUGAAAUGAUAACAAAUAAAGAAACAAUAGAUGUUAAGUUACCUCUUCAAAAAGUAAAGGUUUACCACUACAACGAAAUAAUAAAAUUAAUUAAACAUAUAGAAACUGAUUUAAAGAAAAUAUUAUAUCACGAGGAAUGCGUGAUUAAACUGGAAAAGACGAAAAAGUUAUCCGGAGAGGAGUUACAACACUAUUGUUCUACUGGAGAUGUCGAUGAACAAAACUCCAUCAAUGAUAAGUCUUUUGUUAGGCGGCAAAGGAGAAGAGCAGCUUCUGAGGUGUCUCUUUAUACUUUAAGUACGUGGGAAGCGUAUUUACAAAAAAAAUCAGAAGAGGAAAACAAUUUCAAAUCGGAAUCUGCGUCUGGAUUAGUGGAGAUUCCAAAAAGAAAUAAACCGAUGUCUAAAAGAAAAAAGAAAAAAUUUGUUUCUUCGACAUUUAACGAUAUCUUAGAAAUCGAUAGCCUUAAUAAAAGUGGUAUUAGUGAUACAUGUACAUCAAUUAUAGAAGAUGAUGAAUAUUUAGAUGACGAAGAGAUGAAUAAAAAAUUGAGCAAAAAUUACAGUUGCAGCGAAAAUAAUUUAUUUGGGAAAACUAGAGACGUGGGAGAGGAAAAUUUAAGAUCAUAUGUUAGUGAAGCUCAUCUAGAAAGUACUAAACCGAAAAUAGUUGACAUUGUGUAUAAAAAGAAGCCCAAUGUAUUUGAUUGGAAUAAUGUACGCAAUACUUUUUAUCCCGAUUCGGGUUGAUUGAAUGAAGUUGUAAAGACAUUUUUUACAUUAAAUUAAAUUCAUUACUUAAA